AUGGCUCACUUCAUAACGUCUAACUCACUAGCUUACACUAACGAAGCCUCGUACGCGUCACUCCAGCAUAGCUCGCAACCGGCGCCUGACGCGCGUUUUUCUCAUCCCAACGUGGGUUCGUCGCGCCCCACGUCCGCCCCACUCUCGUCCUCGUCUUUGCCGUUUCAAAACCAAUCGUUCUAUCCGCCGCGGCCGCCGUUUCCUCAGAACUCGCAAUAUCCGCUGUCGGCCGCGCAGCCAGCGGGCACGCCGCCUAUGCACCCCUCCUCGUUGCCUCUGCACGCUCCAGCUGCUAACGCCGUGAAUUCUGGCCCUCGAAACACCGCCGCUCUUGCCCGUAAUGGAAACCACAUGCCGUCUGCUCACGGCGGGCAAUUCGGUGCUCCUGACGGGCAGGCUGCUUUUAACGGUCAAGUGGGUCUUUCGGCGCCGAACACUGCGUUCAACCGUCAGGUCGUCGGAGUGUCAGGUCCAUCGGCAAUCCAUCCGAUUCGGCCGCGGCAGAGCCAGGCGAACGUGAACCAAUCAGGCGCAACCGCUCCCUUCUCACAAGCCUCCGCCGCCGCCUGCUUGCCCGCUCCGUCCAUUCCUUCAACUCCUUCCGCUCAUUCCGCCCGUUCCGCGCCUUCCGCGGGUUCUCAAUUCCACCUUGCUUCCUCGACGGCUAACGCGGUGGGCGGUCCCUCCGCCGUUGCCGCCGCGCCCGCCGUCCACUCCCGCCCUGCAGCCGCGUCACCCGCCGCUCCACCGCAGAGGUUGAACGGCGUGGGGUCUCGCAUGAUUGGGGUACCGUCACCUCCUGCUUCCGCGUCGGCUGCUGCGUAUGCUCCAAAUCCUGCGCCUGUUUCCGCGCUUUCGUCUUUUGAUCCGGAAUCGCAGACGCGCGUGCUUAGUCUGCUUAUGCAGGAGGCAGAGAGGAACAAUGCGGGUGUUUUCUCACACGGUUCGCCAAGUGGUAGCAUGCCUGCUACAGCUGCUGCAGCUGCUACAGCUGCCACAGCUGCUUCGUGCAGUGCUCUCCUCGCCGCCAUGCCGUCAGGUCCAGCUACUGCCUCACUCUCCUCUCCCCUUGCCGCCCGCGCUGCUCCCCCUGCUUCCGCCCUCCGCCCGCCUUCCGUCCGCGCGCCUGGCUCCUUCUCCCAACCACCUGCCUGGGCGCCUUCCGCCAACCCGACUGCCGAGGUAGCAGUCAUACCCGCGGCGAGUGCAGCGGGCGCACCGGGCCCGCGCAUAACCCUGUGCGACGCUGACGCGACACUCUUCCGCGACUCUCGCCUCCCCAAUCUUUCCGCCGCUUCCUCUGCGCCUGCCAUCACCUCAUCUCUCACCUCUUCCCCUCCCGCACCCACUUCCCCACCUGCUCCCACUCCCCCCGCACCCACUCUCCCCGCAUCCGCUCCUUCCCCAAGCCCCGCUUCUAGCGCAGCCUUCGCCUCGGUUCCAGCUCACUCGCCUCCCCCCGUUCCCACCCCCUCCGCCCCUACCCUCUCCGCUCCUACCCCCAGCGCUCCUACUCCCCCCGCUCCUACUCUCGCCUCCCCUACCUCCCCGACCCCUAAUCCCUUCGCCCCCGCUCCUACUCUUGCUGCUCCUAAUCUCCCUACUCCCAUUCGCACCGUUCCUAGUGCCCCCGCUCCUACUCCCACUGCUCCUACCUCCCCUGCUCCUAACCCCGCCCUUACUACCCCCCCCGCUUCUACCUUCCCCACCACCGAGUCUUCCCCAGUAAUCCCUCCUUCUGCCACACCUCCCCUCCCCCCCGCUCCUCCCGCCCCGCCUGUCCCACGCGGCACCGCGCGCGCUGCCAACGCCUCCGCCAACGCGCGCUCCUCUGGGGCAGACCCGCGCCCUCCCGCGUCCACCCGCCGCCCUCCCGUCGCUGGCGGGCGCAAGCGCGCACAGCCGCCAUCCAACGACGCGGCAGGGUCGUUAGCCAAUCAGAGAGCAGCAAGUCUACCGUCGCGUGGCGCUAUGAUGGCGCUGGCGGCGGCAGCAGGAGGGGAUGCUGAAGCGGACAUGAGGGAAGUGUACUUCCUCAUUCUGCACUUUUUGACGGGCAGCCCUUGCCGUCGGGCAGCAGAAGUUUUGAAAGAGGAGCUGGAGGAGUUGAAUCUGCUUCCGCAGCGGUACCAUUCGGUGUACUCCCAUGGGGGAAGGCGGACAGGCGCAAACAGCGCGAGCGAAGGGCGGCCGGGUGGUAGAGGCAACGAGCGCGGCAGCGAGGGGAGUGCACAUGGGGAGGCAGGGGUGGUGGGCGCACAAGUGAAGGGUGGGGAGGGUGGGAGGAGGGGAGGGGGUGCGGAGAGGGAGUCGGAGAUGACUGUACCCAUGAACUACGAGCAGCUCAGGGAGAGGUAUUCGCACAUUGCCCCCAACCACCUCUUCCUGCUGCUGCAGGAGCUGCUGCAGUCGUCCCAUCUCGCCAUCUCCUCCGCCUCCCUCCUCCCCUCCGCGCCUCUCUCCUCCUCUCCGCCCCACCCGCCACCGUCAGCAGCACCAGCCCUCCCUCCUGCCCCGCUUGCUGCAGCAGCUGUUGCACCCACCGUCUCUGCUCCUCCCUCUGCCCUCCCACUUCGAAUCACCGCCGCCCCCCUUUCCGCCUCCGCCUCCGCCUCCGCCUCCGCCACUGCACUAGAGGAGGCUUUGCCAGGUGCGGCAGCCCCAGCCGCCGCUGCAGCUAUGGAUGUGAGCGCCGGCCGUGGCUUGGAGACAGGGCGGCAGGUAGGUGGCACAGAGGCAGCAGAAGAGAGAUCAGUAGGUGCGGCUGUGGCACAGAUGCUGGGAAGCGGGACAGAGGCUGCUGCAGCAGCAGCAGGGGCCAUUGAAGCAGGCGUGGAGGCAGCAGCAGGUGGCGAAGCAGCAGGGGCAGCAUCAGCAGUGGUGGCAGCAGCAGAUGCGGCACGCAGCACAGCACUCGUGGUGGGAGCAGCGGCAGGGGCAGAGAGGGGCGAGCGGGGCGAGAAGGGUGCAGGCGGGGAGGGUGUGUUGGUGAGCGGGGGGGCGGGCGUGGCAGGAGCACGGGACAGGUGGUGGGUGUGUGCGGGAGACGUGCCAACGCUGCUGGGCCAUGGCGGGAUAAGCCUGAGACGAGCGGAGUGGCUGCCAGCGCUCCUCUCUCCUCCGCGCACCUUUCUGCCCCACACGGCCCAUCCGCACCUCUCAGCACCGCUCCUGCGCUCCCUCACGCUCAGAGAAACGGGCGGAGGGGUCUGCUCGCGGGCUGCCAGGGCUGCCAAUGCACGGGCGGCGUCGCUGGCAGUGGCGUCCCCCGCGCUGCUGCUGAGCCGCAUGGAGCAGGUCAAGGUGCUGCGCGGCCACCGCAACGCCGUCUACUGCGCGGUGUACGACCACGGGGGGCGGUACCUGAUAACUGGGUCGGACGACCGGCUGGUGAAGAUCUGGAGCAUGCACCAUGGCAUCUGCCUCGCCACCUGCCGCGCCCACACCGGCGACAUCACGGAUCUAGCAGUCAGUCGGGGCGACAAAUGGGUGGCAUCAGCCUCCAACGACUGCCUCAUCCGCGUGGUCAGUGCCGCCCGCCCUCCCCCCCCGCACCACUCUCCCUGUCCCUGCCCUAUCGCCAUUCCUUGUCCUGUGGGAGCUACCGAGUGGGCAUCUGGAGGUGACGCUAGUGGGCCAUGCAGACGCCGUCACCGCUGUCGCAUUCAGCCCCACCACUCACCACCACCUCCUCUCGUACGCCACCCCUCUCAACGUCCUGCCAGCCACAAUUCCUGCCCCUCUCCUAUGCACCCGUCCACACCUCCAUCUCCCAUCCGUCCAUACCUUGUUUCUCUCAGCAUCACAUGUGCUCUUGUGUGA